AUGAUUUAUUCUGUUCACUUGAAUAAUCAGUCCAUUCAGAGGGGGAUCUCUUGGUCCUCUAAGGACCCCUUCAAUGCAUGGAAUGACUCAGAAGCAAGUGCCUACGCUCUGAUUGACCUGCCUCUUAGAGCCCCAACAAAGAUGACAGUGCAAGAUGUUUCCAGAGCCUUUCCUACAGUGGAUGUCCCAGACCAUGCCCAUUAUACAAUUGGAGUAGUCGUUCUUAUAGUGGGGAUCACAGGAGCUCUGGGUAAUUUCCUGACCAUCUAUGCUUUCUGCAGGAGUAGGAGCCUUCAGACUCCAGCAAACAUAUUCAUCAUCAAUCUAGCUGUUAGUGACUUCCUGAUGUCCAUUACGCAGUCUCCAGUUUUUUUCACCAACAGCCUCCACAAACGCUGGAUUUUUGGUGACAAAGGCUGUGAGCUGUAUGCCUUCUGCGGAGCUCUUUUUGGCAUUACAUCUAUGAUCACUUUGAUGGUGAUUGCCUUGGACAGAUAUUUUGUCAUCACAAAACCUCUGGCUUCUGUUGGAGUGACAUCUAAGAAGAAGGCCCUAAUAAUCCUGGUAGGAGUCUGGCUGUACUCCUUGGCUUGGAGCCUCCCGCCCUUCUUUGGAUGGAGUGCAUAUGUUCCAGAGGGUCUCCUGACCUCCUGUUCCUGGGACUACAUGACUUUUACACCAUCAGUCCGUGCCUACACAAUGCUGCUUUUCUGCUUUGUGUUUUUCAUUCCUUUGAUUGCUAUCAUAUACAGCUAUGUCUUUAUAUUUGAGGCUAUCAAGAAGGCAAACAGGUCUAUUCAGACAUUUGGAUGCAAGCAUGGAAAUAAAGAGUCCCAGAAACAGUACCAGAGGAUGAAAAAUGAGUGGAAGAUGGCCAAAAUUGCACUGAUUGUCAUCUUGCUUUAUGUCAUUUCGUGGUCACCAUACUCUGUUAUUGCUCUGGUAGCUUUUGCUGGGUAUUCCCACAUCCUAACACCCUUUGUGAACUCCAUACCAGCUGUGAUUGCCAAAGCUUCUGUCAUCCAUAACCCUGUCAUUUAUGCCAUCAUUCACCCCAAAUACAGAACAGCCAUUGCAAUGUAUGUUCCUUGCCUCGGAACCCUGCUGCGAGUUUCUCCCAAAGACUCACAGUCUUUCGGCAGUUAUCCCUCCUCCAGACGAGCCACCAUAACCAGCCAGUCUUCUGAGAUAACUGGGCUGCAGAAAGGAAAAAGGCGACUCUCUUCUCUCUCUGACACUGAAUCAGGCUGUAUUGACACAGAAACUGAUACUACCAAUGUGUUCUCCAGACUUGCUAGGAGACAGACCUGCUAUGAGACGGUUAGAGAGACAACUCAAAGUAGUGACCUAAGAACAAAAUCUAAACUGAAGAGCCAUGACUCAGGAAUUUGUGAGAAGACAGCUGUAGAGGCUGAUGACAUACCCAUGGUGGAACUGAAUGUCACAGAAUACACUGCCAUACCUACUGUAAAAAUAUCUAAAAAAUUGAACUUGGAGGAAAUCAAGAAUGGUGAAAGUGUGGAUGGUAUUGGACAAGGAAAAGAAGAGCCUCAGCAUGGGCCAUCUGCAGCCCAGAUACCCAGCAUUACAAUAACAUACAGCAAUGUCCAAGGAGUAGAGUUGCCUUCUCGAUACAGCUCUGGUUUCCUGUACCCUAAGUUCAACAGCCACAAGCAGAACAAGUUCAACAGCUAA